AUGUCCUCCUCUACUCUCAUGAACAUGCGCACUGCGCGAUCCUUUGCUCCUCAUCUCCGUCUGAACCCUGCUCGUCCUUUGGUUCAGAUCCGAGGCAAGGCCACUACUCCCUUCCGUCUUCCUGACCCUCGCAAUGAGCCCAACCCACUUUACAAGAGAGGCUCUGAAGAGCGCACCAAGCUAGAGGAAGCUCUGGUCAAGCUCCGAUCUCAACUUCCUGUUCAGAGCAGCGUUUUCUACAACGGCCAGGCACAAAAGUCUGCUCAAUCGUGGGACCAACCUCUCCCCGCGGAGCACCAGACUACUUUCACCAACUACCCUCUGGCUACCAAGGAGCAGACCAAGGCUGCUAUUGAUGCUGCUCUGGGAGCCAAGCAGUCUUGGCAGGAUACUCCCUUCGUCGACCGGGCUGCCAUCUUCUUGAAGGCGGCUGAGUUGGUGACUGGCAAGUACCGUUAUGACCUGAUUGCUGCCACCAUGCUGGGCCAGGGUAAGAACAUCUGGCAGGGUGAGAUUGAUGCCGCUGCUGAGCUGGCGGACUUCUUCCGUCUCAACUGCAACUACGCCGCGGAGAUUCUCGAGAGACAGCCUACUCGUGGCAGCAAUGGCAUGUGGAGCCGUCUCGACUACCGUCCUCUCGAGGGCUUCGUCUACUCCAUCUCCCCAUUCAACUUCACCGCAUUGGGUGGUAACCUGAUCUCAGCACCUGCUCUCAUGGGUAAUGUUGUUAUCUGGAAGCCCUCUCCCUCCAACGUCUACGCCAGUCAGCUCGUCUACAACAUUCUUCUGGAAGCCGGUCUGCCAAAGAAUGUCAUUCAAUUCGUGACCGGUGACCCCGAGACCAUCACCGACGUUGCUCUCUCCCACCGCGACUUCGCCGGUCUGAACUUCAUUGGAUCAUCCGACGUCUUCCGCUCUCUUUCCCCCCGCGUCGUGGCGGAGACCAGCGGCAAGAAUUUCCAUCUCAUCCACCCAACCGCCGACAUUUCCAGCGCCGUGAACCACACCAUCCGCGGCUCCUUUGAGUACCAGGGCCAGAAGUGCUCCGCCACCUCGCGCGUGUACCUGCCCGAGUCCCGAGCCGAGGAGUUCCUCACUGGCCUCAAGGCCGGCGUCAAGGAAAUCACCAUGGGUAACCCAGACAAGGACCUUGAGGCAUUCAUGGGCCCUGUCAUCCACGGCCGCUCCUUCGAGAAGAUCAAGUCUAUCAUUGACCGCAGCAACAAGGAUCCCUCCGUCAAGCUGAUUGCCGGUGGUGACUACGAUGGCUCUGUCGGAUACUACAUCAACCCAACCGUCUACCAGGUCGACACACCCGACCACCAGCUCUUCAACGAGGAGAUCUUCGGACCCGUUCUCGCUGUCUACGUCUACCCCGACGCCGAGUGGUCUUCCACCUUGAAGAAGGUCGACGAGGCCGGUGGCGGUCUCGCCCUGACCGGCGCUGUCUUCGCUCAGGAUCGCACUGCCAUCCGUGAGGCUGAGGACGCUCUCCGCUACUCCGCUGGCAACUUCUACAUCAACUGCAAGACCACUGCUGCUCUCAUUGGCCAGCAGUCCUUCGGCGGUGCCCGUGCCAGUGGUACCAACGAUAAGGCUGGUAGCUCCGAUGUGCUGCGCCGCUUCACCAGCCCCCGUCUGAUUAAGGAGGAGUUCUUCCCCCAGAGUGGAUUCACUUAUCCCAGCAACCACAGCAUCCACUAG